UUCUCAGCACCAAAACCGAGAUUGACUCCAGUAGCGUAAAAUUCAGCAUUAUAAUCGUACAAUUUCGGGAAUAUUCUACAACAUGAGCAUCGAAACGCAGUCAGGAGCUGCUCUGCUUGACGGUGAAGCUGCGCGCUGGAAAUAUCUUGAUCAUAUUAGAAGGACAGCCGGUCCAUUCACAGAUCCAGAUGCCACUACUGAAGAAUUUAUGAACCAAUUCCAGAACUUCAAAGUCCUUGGUGCAGGAGGUUUGGGAUGCGAAAUUCUCAAGAAUCUAGCCAUGUCACGCUUCAAGAACAUUCACGUCAUUGACAUGGAUACCAUCGACAUAUCGAAUCUUAACAGACAAUUUCUUUUCCGAAAAUCAGAUGUUGGAAAAUACAAGGCUGAGGUAGCAGCUCGCUUCGUCCAGCAGCGUGUUAAGGGCGUCAACAUCACCGCACACAACAACCGCAUCCAAAACUUUGACGAGUCCUUCUAUAAACAAUUCCAGCUCAUUAUCUGCGGCUUAGACAGCAUAGAAGCCCGCAGAUGGAUCAAUGCCAUGCUGGUAUCCAUUGCGGAAGAGGCAGAGGAUCCCGAUGGUAUCAAGCCUUUGAUCGACGGUGGCACUGAAGGCUUCAAGGGCCAGGCUCGCGUUAUUCUCCCCUCGAUGACAUCUUGCAUUGAGUGUCAACUCGACAUGCAUGCCCCUCGUGCAGCCGUUCCACUAUGUACAAUUGCCUCUAUCCCUCGCCAACCUGAGCACUGCAUCGAAUGGGCGCACGUUAUUGCGUGGGACGAGGAAAAGCCGUUUCCUCAGCUGGACAAGGACGAUCCCGAGCACGUCACAUGGCUCUACAAGAAGGCGCUGAUUCGCGCUGAAGAAUUUAACAUCCCGGGUGUUACUUAUUCACUAACACAGGGUACUAUCAAGAAUAUUAUCCCGGCCAUUGCCUCCACCAACGCCAUCAUCGCCGCUGCUUGCUGCAACGAAGCUUUCAAGAUAGCAACUGGCUCUGCACCUUGCCUCGGCUUUGAAAACAACUAUACCAUGUAUUCUGGCAAUGACAGCAUCUACACAUAUACCUUUAAACACGAGAAGAAGGACGAUUGCCCCGUUUGUGGAAGACAGGCUCGCCCUCUAGAGGUAGACCCGCGCUUGACGCUGCAAGAUCUGCUCGACUCGCUAGCCAUUCGCCCCGAAGCCCAGCUUAAGAAGCCUUCCAUCAGAGCAGAGAGCAAGACACUCUACAUGCAAUUCCCGCAGAGUCUCGAAGAGAGUACCAGACCAAACCUAAGCAAAACAAUACUAGAGCUAGGUUUGGAAGACGGUCAGGAGGUUGUGGUAACAGACCCCGCAUUCCCUCUUGAGUUUAACUUCUUCCUACGAUUCAAAUCCGUAUAACUGUUAGCAUAGAUGGAGUCCAGGAUGCAGGAGCGGAGUGGUUGGAGUCAUGGUAUCAUUUUUGUUUUAUCUAGCCAUAUUAACGACAGUAAAAAUAAAUCAAGACGCGAUGAACUAAAAAAACGCAUAAACACAAUCAUAGAGUCCCCUAUAUGUACACCAAGGCUUUGUAUGCCAAAAAUAACGAAGAAUUAUCGAACCAUGUUGACAACCUGCUGCUCGAGCUUCUUGCACUUGAGCUUCAGAUGCUUAACAGACUCGAGGAACAGCUCGUCACUGUCCCACUGUCCCGUACUCUCUAUCGAAAAGAUGAAGUGGUCUGGUCGGCGUCCAAGCUUCACCUUGCCGUCAAACUCCGCAUGGCGCAAGCACUCUCUGCUAACAGUAUCCUUCAUUGCGUCCACCACAACAGCCUUGACUUCACCAGCGUGGCCCUCGUAGCCGCUGCCAGCCUGGGAAGCCUCCUUCUUGGAGAUCGUCUCGAGGCCGAUAACGCCUUCAGGGAAGCACUUGGCAAACUUUUCAGCAUCAGCGCCAACGAUAGGCUUGAGGAUAUUGAUGGUCGGGAGGAUUCGGUACGAGGCAGUUGCGACCGGGGAGAACUUGGCGUGGUCGCCGCCAAUGCCCUUGUGCAUGUGCAUGGCGAGCUGAAUGGUCUGUCUAGGUCGGAGCUUGGCGAUGAGGAUAUCAGGGUUUACUGGUGCAAUGGCAUCCUCGCCACUAAAAUACUUUUCUUGCUGGCCGGUGGGCACAAAGACGAUAUCCUUGGCGUAGACGUUGGCGUUCUUGUAUGCUUUGAGAGGAUCCUGCUCUCCGGGGGCAGCAUCGGGGUUGACAGUGCAGGUGAUGUCGAGCUCGAGGCGGACCGUGUUGUAAUCGAAGCAUCCGGCGUAGGCGUCUUCGCCAGGCUCAGCCUUCUUGUGCCACUUGAGGAAGUUCUGGAGACCGUCGCGGCCGCCCUUGAAGGGGAUAAGUCCUAGUCUGUGUGCCAAGACUUCGUCCUGAAUCACAGAUGUGUUGUUCUCGAUGUAGACGUUUUCAAUGGCGAGCGUUGGGAUCUCGCCGAGGAGAAUGCGUCGGAAGGCGUUGGAGAUAGAGGCGUCGAUGCCAAUGAGAGAGAAAGACGCCUCGAACUGGUCAUUGUUGUGGAAAUCGACGGAGAACUGUGAGGCAAAUCUUUCAAUGGUAAAG